AUGUCUCGUCGACCACCUCGAAAAUUCCCUCUUCUCCGUUUGACCCGUCUCGCUUUGAUUGAAGUUAUCAAGUGUUGGAAUCCAAUUGAGAUAUAUCUUUUCUCAAGAGUCUCUCGGAAAACGAAAGAAAUCUCGAAGUUAGUCAAAAUACCAUAUUUGGAACUAUAUCUGAGAGUAUCCGAAUGUUACAAAGUAAGCCUGGGCAACCCAGCGUGCUGCGCAAGUAAACACUGGUACUUCCGACUCUAUCCAGGUCUCCGUAAUUACGAGAGAUACAAAAAUGAAAGAUAUUUGGAUAUAUACUCAAAGAAUGCGGGGAAAUCGAUUGGAAAAUUGAUAGAUCAUUGUCUGGAAAUAUUCAAAUGUGAAUUUAGAGGGAUGAGUAUAAUUAUCGAUCCAGUAAUGAAAUCGAGUAAUUUCAAUGUAUUCUUGAAUUGGAUCAAUGACAAUGAAAAAUUAGCUAAGAUUCCAUACUUAUCAAUUUACAGUGGGGAAGAAGGCGAUCAAUUCUGUUUGAACUGGUAUAUGCAGAAUCUCAAGAAGGAUAUUGGAGUUUUGCAUUUACACCGAGGUUCCUAUGAAACUGAACGUUCCAUGAAAGUCAGGGAGAGUAAGAGAUUGUUGAAAGUCAAUGGAAAAGUGGACAAUCUGAUUUUGUUUUCAAGAGAGAAACUCAUAGAUCUCGACCUUAUGAUUAGAAUGGACUGCGUCUAUAUGGAUGUAGGAGGGUCUCUGACUAAUCGAGAUUUGAAUGUAUUUAUGAAGAAUUGGAAGGAAAUGAAGACUAAUGAACGAAUGGAAUUCUAUUUUAUUGCUGCGAAAGAGAUCUUGGAUUGGUCGAUCAUUUUGGAAGGAUUGGAUGGAGAGAUAAGAGAUGUUCGGACUGUUAGAAGGGAAUAUACAUCCCCCGAGACACAAAUGUUCAAAGUGAAUGGAGGAGUGGAUAUUACGAGAAUCGAUGGAAAAAUUGCUACCAUUGGAAUGACAUUCCAUAUGAUACAUCAAGAUGAACCAUUGUCCCGACAAAUGAUAAAAGACUAUCAGAGAUUGAUUGAAGGUCAAAACAUGAAUGGACAAGAGAUGGAUAUAAACUUCGUGCAUGAUCCGGAAUAUAAACUAACGGCUGAACACCGGAAAGAAUUCUUCGUCAUGGUUAAGUGA